CAGGAUGGUGCUGCUCCACGUGCUGUUCGAGCAUGCCGCCGGGUACGCGCUGUUCGCCGUGCGGGAGGUGGAGGAGAUCAGCCUGCUGCUGCCGCAGGUGGAGGAGAGCGUCCUCACCAUCGGCAAGUUCCACAACGUGGUGAAGCUCGCGGCCUUCGCCCCCUUCAAGUCGGCGCAGAGCGCGCUGGAGAACAUCAACGCCGUCUCCGAGGGGAUCCUCCACGAGGACCUGCGGCUGCUGCUGGAGACCUCCAUGCCGGCCAAGAAGAAGAAGGUGCUGCUGGGAGUGGCCGACCCCAAGAUCGGGGCGGCCAUCCUGGAGGAGCUGGGCUACCAGUGCCAGACCGGGGGGGUCGUGGCCGAGAUCCUGCGGGGGAUCCGCCUGCACUUCCACGCGCUGGUGAAGGGCCUCACCGCCCAGUCGGCCUCCAAGGCCCAGCUGGGCCUCGGCCACAGCUACUCCCGGGCCAAGGUGAAGUUCAACGUGAACCGCGUGGACAACAUGAUCAUCCAGUCCAUCAGCCUCCUGGACCAGCUGGACAAGGACAUCAACACCUUCUCCAUGCGCGUGCGGGAGUGGUACGGGUACCACUUCCCCGAGCUGAUCAAGAUCGUCUCCGAGAACUACACCUACUGCCGGCUGGCCAAGUUCAUCGGGAACCGCAAGGAGCUGAGCGAGGAGAGCCUGGAGGGGCUGGAGGAGAUCGUCAUGGACGGUGCCAAGGCGCAGGCCAUCCUGGAAGCCUCCCGCUCCUCCAUGGGGAUGGACAUCUCCCCCCUCGACCUCAUCAACAUUGAGAGCUUCUCGAGCCGCGUCAUCUCGCUCUCCGAGUACCGCAAGGGCCUGCAGGAAUACCUCCGCUCCAAGAUGAGCCAGGUGGCUCCCAGCCUCUCGGCCCUCAUCGGGGAGGUGGUGGGCGCCCGCCUCAUCUCCCACGCCGGCAGCCUGACGAACCUGGCCAAGUACCCGGCCUCGACGGUGCAGAUCCUGGGGGCCGAGAAAGCCCUUUUCAGGGCUCUGAAGACGCGAGGGAACACCCCCAAGUACGGGCUCAUCUUCCACUCCACCUUCAUCGGGCGAGCGGCCGCCAAGAACAAGGGGCGCAUCUCCCGCUACCUGGCCAACAAGUGCACCAUCGCCUCCCGCAUCGACUGCUUCUCAGAAGUCCCCACCAGCGUCUUCGGGGACAAGCUGCGGGAGCAGGUGGAGGAGCGCUUGGCCUUCUAUGAGACGGGGGAGCCGCCCCGCAAGAACCUGGAGGUGAUGAAGGAGGCCGUGGUGGAGGCGAGCGAGGUGGUAGCUGAGGUCAAGAGGAAGCAGGAGAAGAAGGAGAAGAAGAAGAAAAAGCGGGAGAAGCGGCGGCUGGAGGCCCUGGCUGCGGCCGCAGAGGAGGUGGAGAACUCGGUGCUGGAGACGGAGGAGAACAACAUCGAGCCCAAGAAGAAGAAGAAAAAGAAGCAGCAGCAGGAGCUGGAGGCUGAAUCGGAGCAGGAGGCUGCCUCAGAGCCAGAGGAGAACGGGCUGGAGGAAGAGGUUUUGCCCAAGAAGAAAAGGAAACUAAGAGUAGAGGCUGACCAGGAGGAGGAGGAGGAGAAGAAGAAGAAAAAGAAGAAGAAGAAGGAGAAGGCCAGGGACUCGGAGGAGGACUAGGAGAGCAGGGUGGAGCUGGAGCCGGGCUGUGCUCCAGCAGCAUGGACUCACGGACUGGCAGGACGUCAGCCAGCUCGGUGCAGCCCCUCCUUUGGCUGCCGCUGUUUCGGGGCAGCUGCGUCCCCGGCAGUGUACCGCGGCGAGGUGGCCGCAUUAAAUGCGUUUUGGCACCUGGUGGUCUGGAUGCGUCCCUCCAGCCAGGCCAAGGCACCGGCAGUGCCUGGGGCAGCGCUCGGCCUUGUGAUUCUGGCGCAGCAUUGCCUCCUCGAGCCCCCCUGCCCCAUGGGGUGGCUUGGCUGCGCAUGGCAUCUGCCAGUGCACCGUGCCCACAGCCUGCGUGGUGCAGGAAACCGCUCGGCGUGACUAAACCUCAAUAAAGGG